AUGAGCGUCUACAUCAACAACACAAGCUCCAUGACCAACGCUUCCACAAACAUCGACAUCGACUACAAGGAGACUGGAGAGGCGGGGACGGGGGGCAUGGCCAGACACAGACAUACAGGCGUACAGACACAGACACGGUCAGAGACACAGACACAGAUUGAUUCUGUGGAGACAGAGACAGAGACAGAGACAGAGACAGAGACAGAGACAGAGACAGAGACAGAGGCAGAGACAGAGGCAGAGACAGAGACAGAGACAGAGACAGAGACAGAGACAGAGACAGAGACAGAGACAGAGACAGAGACAGAGACAGAGACAGAGACAGAGACAGAGACAGAGACAGAGACAGAGACAGAGACAGAGACAGAGACAGAGACAGAGACAGAGACAGAGACAGAGACAGAGACAGAGACGUGGAGAGGCCAGAGACAAACACGGACACACACACAGACACACACAGACACACACAGACACACACACACACCGUCACGGACUGUUACAAGCACUUUUUUACAUGUUAAUGACAAUUUUGGUUUUCAAUGUUUUGCUCAUGAGAAGUUUCGGACUGGAGGCUGGGGUUUCGGACUGGGGUGUGUGUGGACUGUGGACUGA